AUGAAGCUAACACCCUUGCACUUCUUCCCGUUCUUUUCACUGGUCGUUUCCUCUCGUUUACGACAACGUGAUGGAAGCGGUGAAUAUUCGACUGUCACCGUUCCUGUGACCAUCGACAAUAAUUCGUACACAGUCAAUGUCGUUAUGUCAACGGGCGCCUCGGCGCAAAAUUUCCGGUUUGGGCUCACAACAAGCACUGGCUACGUUACCGUUGCGGGCACAAGUUGCCAGACGUGUAAUGGUGUUCAGCCGUAUAAUCGUUCGGAGUCAACGACUGCCACAGACCUUUCUGGUGGCCAGAAUGUCGCCAUAGUAGGUGGCGCUUCUGCAGAUGGGAACUUAAUCACCGAGAGUUGUGGUCUCAAAAAAACCGACGGACAGGAUUGGAGCUACGCUAACCAGACCAUUGUCGUAGCCAACCAAUCCAACUCGAUGUUCUCUCCCGGAAUCUCCGGAGACGGGAAUUUCAACGCCACGAUCUUCGGUGGUUACCUUUCAGGACAGCCUGCCGGCGAAAAUUUCACUUAUGGCAUGGCGUUGAGCCCUAAUACCGGUUCCUCGAGUAACGGAGGGUAUCUUCAUCUUAUCCAACCGGAGACAUCGUACUACCAAGGCAACGUCGCUUGGAAAACAAUGCAGACGUUCAAUACCAGCAGUCUGGAUACGGAUUUCUACAUUAACCUCGACAGCUGGACACUGACCACAGCGAAUGGCAAUGUUUCUCGUAGCGGCGAUCUCGAUGCUAGCGUGCUGUAUGCUAGUAUCAGUGGUGCUUCCGUCGUCGGCAACACCCCUUCCACCAAUAUCUACGGCAUUCCAUGCGACACGCAAAUGAAAAUGAUUCUUACCAUCAACAGCUUGGCGGAGUGGUCAUCUCCUUUAGCCACGGAAUAUCUCUUGGGUUCCAAUUUCCUUUCUUCAGUUUAUGUCAUCUUUUCAGUUGCGAACGCCACCACAGGUAAAGUCGGAUUCGCACAAAGAAAUUGGACCAACUCGAGCAGCGGCCUUUCCACGGGUGCGAUCGUUGGAAUUGCAGUCGGAUCAGCAGCAUUCGCAGUCCUGGUCUUAGUUGCAGGCAUAUUAAUCUACCGAGCUAUUCGUAAACGCCGAGCCCGCAGGGAUUCUUCCGAGUCUCCUGGCGGCUACAAAGAGCCCAUCUACUCUGGUGGAGUAACACCGGCCCCUCAACAGGAUUGGGUCGUCACGCCUUUCGCACCCGAAACGACUAGUACCGCCUCGCCGCCAGUGUCGUCGUAUGGGCAUGCCCUCCCCUCUGGAAACGUUUCGUCGGUGCACGGAGGUUAUUCCAGUAUCGAGCGAACCUUCCGACUCUGCGACGAACCGGAUGUCUUCUCCGCCGCCUUCUUAUCCCACUAAUCCCGCAAACACUGGCGGUAUUAUGAGUAUCACAGAGAGGUUGUCCCAGCCCCAAUACGGAUCUCCUGACGAGAAAAGGCCCAAAGAGAGUUAUCUCACCAUGAGUUCUGCCAAUCCGUAGUAAAUUGUAUCAGUAGCAUUUCUUUCCGCUUAAUUGGUUAGCGAUUACAUACUGUAGGUUAAAACGUUAUCAUACGCAAGUAGUUUAGUGGCUUUGUAAGAUUAUGCAUGUAUGUUCUUAUCUUAACGCAUCACAGAUAGAGCAAUCUGUCCAUCAUUUUCCUAGUACUCAUAGGAAUCACA